AUGUUGUUUCCUUACCCUUUGGAGAUGUUGUACUCGAUAGGAAUCUUGGUAAUUGUCUGGCUCGUCCUCCUUUCACGGGAAAAUCGAAUGCUCUUUCCAGAAGCAGUGUAUCUCCAAGAUGUAAGCUGAAUUCUAUGAAGAAAUUCUUUUUUUGAUAUCUUAAUGGAUGUUGAACAUAAGGAUUGACCUUAUUUUUUGGUACAGUUUUAUUUUUCAGCUUCCAGAACAAAAGCAGAAGAGAGCAUACGUGAGAAGAAAGGUGGAGCCGUCCGAUCCAGCACCCGCAAACACCGCUGAUGCCGUCCAGAAGUUUGUGAGAUCAGAGCCAUUCGCCGAACCGCCUGUUAUUGGUCAUUUCAAUGUAAGAUUUAGCUGUUUUAAUGGUGGUUUAGAUUUUGUGGUACCUAAAUUUGAUCUCCAUGUUAUUUAUUUGAUUUGAUACUAAAGGGGAUAAUAGUUAUAUAAUUUUAGCCAAGACCUCUGACUCCAAGCCGAGCAGUUACAAUGCAGACUCAGACGACUCCUUACAAUCUCAGAAGCAGCAGAAAGUUACCUCAUAGUUCCCUGCCCGACUAUGGCCUGAAGAAUCGACAAGUCCCGACCAGGCAGGUGAUUUUUGCUGAAGCAGUUGAGGAUGAAGGAAUGUGA